GCGUUGGAUGGCUUCUUUUUCGUUGUGAACCGCGAAGGGAGGAUCGUCUUCGUCUCAGAGAACGUGACCAGCUACCUGGGUUAUAACCAGGAGGAGCUCAUGAACACCAGCGUCUACAGCAUCCUGCACGUGGGGGAUCACGCUGAGUUCGUCAAGAACCUGUUGCCGAAGUCUCUAGUAAACGGAGUUCCUUGGCCUCAAGAAGCGACCAGGCGCAACAGCCACACCUUCAGCUGCAGGAUGCUGAUCCGGCCGCCCGACGAGCCGGGCGCCGAGAACCAGGAGGCUCGUCAGCGCUACGAGGUGAUGCAGUGCUUCACCGUGUCCCAGCCCAAGUCCUUCAAGGAGGAAGGAGAAGAUUUCCAGUCGUGUCUGAUAUGCAUCGCGAGACGGUUACCUCGGCCAGCAGCCGUCACCCCUUCCGAAUCCUUCGUGACCAAGCAAGACACCACAGGUAAAAUCAUCUCCAUUGACACCAGUUCCCUGAGAGCGGCCGGCAGGACGGGCUGGGAGGAUUUGGUGCGGAAAUGCAUCUACGCUUUCUUCCAGCCGCAGGGCAGAGAGCCUUCCUACGCCAGACAGCUCUUUCAAGAAGUGAUGACACGCGGCGCAGCCUUCAGCCCCUCGUACCGCUUCACGCUGAGCGACGGGACGGUGCUGAGCGCCCACACCAAGUGCAAGCUCUGCCGGAGAUGCAGCCCUUCAUCAUGGGCAUCCACGUCAUCGACAG